GGGCUCUGUCGGAUCUCGCCAGUUCCAUUCAAUGCGUCGUGGGGUCGUAUACGUGAUGUUAACGUUUUGCGGCAUUUUGUGCGCUUUACUAGCAGGCUGGCUGAUCAUCCAUGCCGAUGCCUCCUUUGUGGACGAACCUGUGCCCAUAUUCCAGAGGACAGCAACUGUGGAACUUGCUGACAAACAAGGCGCUGUUCGUGGAAAUUAUGGAAAAACUGCUUGGACUAAUCAAAGUAUUCUACAAUUCAGAGGCAUUCCCUAUGCUGAGGCACCAGUUAAAUCGCUGCGUUUCAAAGCACCUGUUGAGCGUUUGCCCUGGACGGGCACACACGACGCUUUGGACUUUGGACAGCGUUGUCCGGUGAUAACCAAUUUGGAUGCGCAGCUAUCGGAUGAACAACUGGAGGAUUGUCUCAACCUGUGCGUCUACACAAAGAAUUUGACUGCUCGUCAGCCUGUUAUGUUCUAUGUCUAUGGCGGAGGCUACUACAACGGUUCCUCGCAGGAUCAUCCACCCAACUACCUGCUUGAGAAGGAUGUGGUGCUCGUUGUGCCCCAUUAUCGCGUUGGCGCCUUGGGCUGGCUGACAACACUGAGCGAGGAUUUGCCAGGAAAUGCACCAAUUGGUGAUAUUCUACUCGCUUUGAAUUGGGUGCAGAAACACAUAUCGAAAUUCGGUGGCGAUCCCAGCCAGGUGACAAUCUUUGGUCAGAGUGCAGGAGCUGGAGUGACCAGCGCUCUGCUGUUGAGUCCACGCAGCAGUGAGCAGCAAUUUCAACGUGCUAUUGUGCAGUCGGGUUCGAUCUUCGCCUCUUGGGCGAUUACCAAAGAACCAGCAGAGCAAGCUCGUCGGAUUUGUGAGCAAUUGGGUUGUGAGCAGUGCGACAAGCGCAAGAAACUGUUGAGCUGUGUCCAAAAUGCCUCCGUCAAGGAACUUCUGCUGGCCACGCAAGAGGAGAGCUUUUCCCCAGUUGUGGGUGAUUUGCAGGGCAUUUUGCCACAGCAACCACAGCAGCUGCUAGACAACUAUAAGGGCGUGCCUCUAAUGACGGGCUUCACCCAACACGAUGGCUCCUUUGUGCUGGCUUCUUACUAUGACAUUGUGGCCAGCAAAAUGCCGAAUGUGAGCGCGUUGAGUGUGCGGCAAUUUACCCAGGCUUUGAUGGAUCUAACGAAAGAUGCCACUGGAUUAGCGGAUCAGUUGCUCUAUCGCCUGCUCUUCACGCCAGAGCUGCUUAGCAGUCAUGACCAUAAUGAAGCAUUGCCUGCCUACUUUGAUCUUACUUCGACGGUUUAUAUGAAGUCGCCCGUCAUCAACUUGGCCAGCAAACUGCUCACCAAGCAACCUUCUUCACCCGUCUAUGUCUAUAGCUUUGAGUACGAAGGCGAACACACUCGCUUUGGCUAUGAAUUUGGCAAUGAACAAUAUCCAUUCAACGGUGGCGUUCAUCAUUCCAAUGAUAAUCUUUAUUUAUUCGCCACGCAUCCGCUGAAGGGCAACGAUACGUUGAUGGCACAGCGCAUGGUCGACAUUUGGACCUCGUUUGCCAUCACUGGCGUGCCCAAUGGCCUUGCUCCUCUUUCCACACCAAGUGGUCCCUACAAUCGCUUGGGAUUGAAGGUUAAUGUGGCUGAGGAUCUGCUAGAGACGCUCACGACCACCAUUGAUGAUCCGGACAACAAACGUUUCAGCCGAAAAGUAAGCUUUAAGACAAUUGAUUUUCUUUAAGAUGCUAUAUCUUAUUAUAUCUUUGUAAAUAAUUGUAUAUAUAUAUUUUUUUGUAAUAAUAAAGAAAUGUGCAUUAAUUAUGUUAAUGCAAGUAAAAUAAA